UUGAUCCAACGGCAUACAUAAUCGCGUUGGCUCAAAGCUAGUACAAAUUCAAAAACCCUCCCACCAUCUUUAAUUAGGGCUUCUCCAAUCUUUAAUAUAUACACACAAUCACACUCACCAACGCUAACCAAUUCCUAUCAAUCUUGAAUUUCUUUCUAGCUGCACCAUUCGACGUUGCUUUUUUGCCUAUCUCUAAAGGAUCAGGCGUCGAUUGAAUGGCUUUGCCGAAUCAGCAGACUGUGGAUUACCCUAGCUUCAAGCUUGUGAUUGUUGGAGAUGGUGGAACUGGGAAAACUACAUUUGUGAAGAGGCAUCUCACUGGUGAAUUCGAGAAGAAAUAUGAACCAACAAUCGGUGUGGAGGUUCAUCCAUUGGAUUUCUUCACCAACUGUGGGAAAAUCCGAUUUUAUUGCUGGGACACUGCUGGUCAAGAGAAAUUUGGUGGGCUUAGGGAUGGAUACUAUAUCCAUGGCCAAUGUGCCAUCAUUAUGUUUGAUGUGACAGCUCGAUUGACUUACAAGAAUGUUCCGACUUGGCACCGUGAUCUCUGCCGGGUCUGUGAAAAUAUCCCAAUUGUGCUGUGUGGGAACAAAGUUGAUGUCAAGAACAGGCAGGUGAAAGCAAAACAAGUUACAUUCCAUAGGAAGAAGAACUUGCAGUACUAUGAAAUCUCAGCUAAGAGUAACUACAACUUCGAGAAGCCUUUCUUGUAUCUGGCCAGGAAGCUUGCUGGUGAUUCUUCCCUACACUUUGUUGAGUCACCGGCCCUGGCUCCUCCUGAGGUUCAAAUUGAUUUAGCUGCCCAGCAACUGCAUGAACAAGAGCUUGCUCGGGCAGCUAACGAGCCUCUUCCUGAUGAUGAUGAUGAGUCCUUUGACUAAGAAGGAUAGCUUGUUGGGGGUCGUGAGGAUUUUGUUAUCUGAGUUUGAGGGGGUUCUAAUGGAGAUGUAUAUUCUCUUGAACUGCUUCAGGUGGAUCGUUAAUUUCAUAUGGUUGUGAGGAUAUUAUUUGUAUCAACUUGGCUUUUAUAUGAGUAAUUGAUAUAAAUAUUUGCCA